AUGCCACCACUCACUGACCGACAACGUGAAGAACUUAUAAGGAAGGAAAGGCAACGGCGAAGAAUAGCGAGACUGCAGCAGGUUUUAAAUGGAAUUUUUUUAAUAUUGUCGAAAAAAGCCUUGUUUGAGGUCAGACAACAAGCCAGUGAGCAUGCGCGGAUAACUCGAGAAAAUGUCAGGCAAAAGCAGGAAGAAGUUUUAACGGAAAUUAGGUUUUUCACUAUAUUUUGCGAAUGUUUUGGUUUAACCGUACUGUUCAAGGAUUCACGUUGAUGCCGAAGUUCAAGAUAUUGUCAGCGAUAUGAUUAUCAAUGGGGACAUCACACCAAGGCAGUUGUCGAGUAAUUUCAGAAGGAAUAAAAUUAGAUUGAACUUUUUUUCUUUAAGGGCGAAGCAUGAGCUCCAGGACAUCUUCCUCGAUUUCCAGAAGUUCCAAGGUUUGUUAAACUUUUUUUGGUUUUUUCUUCUUUUUUUCUUGGAUUAUUGAAGCUUUUUUUCUAGGUUCUCGGUUUUAUCAUUACUUAUUCUAUUUUUUUAAGACUUUUUUUAAUGGAAAAUUUUUCAUUUUAUUCUCAUAUUUUUUUCUUUUUUUAGUUGAUGGCUCAAAAAUCGUUCAGGAUUUUUUUAUUUAAGCUUUCAAAAAUACUUUCUUUCAGAAAUAAAGAGAAUUUUUUUUAAUCGACGCUAACGUAUUGAGAUUAAUGUCCUUUGCGUUUUUCUUGAAUAUGUUCAACUGAUUUUGUAAUUUAUUUUCGAAAUUUCUCUUCGUUUCUUAUUUUCUGUCCCUGUUUCAUAGUUUUUCUUUGACAAGCGUCGCGAACUCGAGUAAACUCUGCUGAAAGGUCUUAAAAAACUGAAAAAAGGGAAAUAGUUUGACAUUCUAAUGGCGAAGCAUGCUUUAGUACUGAUUAAUCAAUUUUAUACUUAAUAUCAACUGGUCCUUACUCAUCAAGUUCUGAGGUGCAUAUCUUCAAACUUCCAUCCAGUUCUCAGCUCUCAACCGUUUGCACUUACUUUGCAAGAAAAAUGUAAAUAAACGUUUACCGAAAUUCAGAAAAAAUCGCGCCGUCGCACGGCCACCCGAGAAGACAACGAAAAGGCGAUGCUUCGAAAUCGUCAAGCCCUGUCGAGACUUCGGAAAACUCGGGAAAAGGAGCUGGAGCAACGCGCGGAGAAGCUCGGCCGACGGCAGGCGGCCAAUGAAAUGGCCAAUCUCAGGUCCCGAGGCGCCUUUGAUCCACCCAUAUAA